GAAAUGCCCGUGCCUCCAGCAGUCCGAGCUCUUGUCCGAUCAACACCUUCCAUCGCGCCAGUACCCCAUCGAGCUAUACUGUCGUUAACGGGCUCGCAAGCAUCGGAAUUUCUCAAUGGUCAACUAGCAAGCUCCGUCUCGGUCCCUCCCAGGCCGAGGUUCUCAGCAUUCCUGCAUGCUCAGGGAAGGGUGAUGUACGAUGUGUUCAUAUACACCAGGACCGACCCAACCGGAAAGCCGAGUUAUCUCAUCGAAUACGACGCGCGAGAGUCGGAAGCGCCACCCUUGUUGCCCAUGCUGAAGAGAUAUGUGUUGCGGUCGAAAGUCAAGAUACGAGACGUAACGGAGGAGUACGACGUUUGGUCAGCAUGGGGUUCCGAGCAGUCAGACUCGCAUGCUCCGGAGCCCAAGAAGAAAUGGAGUUGGGCCCCCAGUGGCGCUGUAGAACCUGUCUGGGAUGCCUCAGAAGAAUGGCCAUGGGGUCACGAAGACCUGGCGUUGAAUGAUGCCAGAGCUCCUGGUAUGGGACGGAGACAGCUGGUGACGAAAGGAGAACUCCCGAAGGAGAGAUCGUCCCAUGACAUUGUUACGUCCGCCGAUUAUACACUUCAUCGCGUAUUGCACGGUGUGCCUGAAGGCGUCGUAGACAUUCCUCCGAUGCACGCCUUACCCAUGGACUCAAACCUCGACGUAAUGGGCGGAUUGGAUUUCAGGAAGGGUUGCUACGUUGGUCAGGAGCUCACAGUGCGCACUUACCAUACGGGCAUGGUAAGGAAGCGAGUAUUGCCGGUCUGUAUCCAGGAUUUGCGAAGCGAAACCGAGACGUCCGCUCUAGCCAGCUCAAUUCCUGCCAACUUAGACAUCAAAUCCGCAAUCGCGCAAACGUCAAAUCCCAGCAAACCUACUCCAAGGCCGCGAGGAACGGGAAAAUUGCUGACUUCUUCACACGGCGUAGGGCUAGCCCUCUUACGUCUUGAACAUGUGGAAGGUGUACAACGGGGUUUGCUGAGGUUCACAGCGGAGGCGGGGACGGAGGAGGGCGCACGGAGUUGGCGCAUAUGGCCUUGGUGGCCGUCUUGGUGGCCCACAAAGUCUGCAGAUACAACCGAAGCGUGAUUCCAGCUGAAUAGUUUUGUGAACGGAUGGCCAGUUUUACAGCGUUCAGGCUUCCAACGGAGGCACGUAACUAUGCUAUGAUCGUGUUAUGACCAAACCAUUCGUUCUGCCAAUACCUGGGCAAUCACGAAGUCACCAUCGUGACUAACCGAUACAUGGAGUUUGCUGAGGAUAGACGGCUCGUGACCUGCAGCUGCAUAUUCCAGUGUAGGCUUCGCAUGUUUCCCGUGAAGCUUGGUUCGGUAUGUAAGCUCUUUCCAUGUAGGUAUAAUAUAAGGAUGCAAGGCUUUAUACGCGGCCUCCUUCACAGCCCAACGAACGGACAGGUACCUGGUACGAUGCUGCACAUCUUCGACAG